GGAAGGCUAAGGAUGUUGGAGAAGAUUUGAUUUUUGCAGCGGAAGUGUCGGUGGUGUAAAAGGUAGAAAGUUUUGUUAAUAAAUAAUAAUUAGAAAGAGGAAGUUUGGUAUAAGGCAUUAGCAUAUUUGUACUUGUUGAAGGGUUUAUUAAAAAGGUGAGGGAUUGAAGCAGAAGAGAGCAGAAAGAAGAUAUGGGAGUAGAUUUGAGACAAGUGGUUGCAGCAGUCCUCACCCUCACAAUGUUUGUCAUGCUUGGAAAUAUGAUCAAAAGAGACCAUUUUGAUUCACUUCAAGAAAAGCUACCUGGAGGAUCGGAGGAUUCCAACUUUGAGACUGCUAAGUUUGAUGCUACUCAUGUGAGAAAGAAUAUAGGACUUUGGAAGGGAGACGUGGAUGACCUAAAACCGUGUUGGGUUAAGCCAUCUGCUGAUGAUGUAGAGCAGACUGAAGGAUUUGUUACUUUUGCAUUAACCAAUGGCCCCGAAUACCAUAUUUCUCAGAUAGCAGAUGCAGUGAUUGUUGCUAGAAGUCUGGGGGCAACGCUUGUGAUACCUGACAUCAGAGGAAGCCAACCUGGUGACAGAAGGAACUUUGAGGACAUUUAUGAUGUUGAUGUGUUCAUGAAAAGCAUGGAAGGGGUGGUCAGAGUGAUAAAGGAUCUUCCUGCUCGUAUAUCAACACGGAAUAUUGCUGCUGUGAAAGUCCCGAAUCGGGUUACAGAAGAUUACAUAGCUGAACAUGUGGAACCAAUAUACAGAACAAAGGGAAGUGUGAGACUUGCAACUUACUUCCCUUCAAUAAACAUGAGAAAGGCAGGGAAAAAAGGCGACACUGAUUCUGUUGCAUGCUUAGCAAUGUUUGGAAGUUUAGAGUUGCAGCCAGAAAUGCAUGAAGUGAUUGACUCGAUUGUUGAAAGACUAAGAACUUUAAGCCGAAAUUCAGACGGCCAAUUUAUAGCUGUGGACUUGAGGCUUGAGAUGUUGGAUAAGAAGGGCUGCCAAAAUAGUGAUAACGAUGGGGAGAAAAGCUGCUACAAUGCACAAGAGAUCGCAGUGUUUUUGAGGCAGAUUGGUUUUGACAAGGAUACCACAGUUUAUGUGACUGAAUCAAGGUGGGAUAGCAGCCUUGAUUCUCUCAAGGAUUUGUUCCCUAAGACGUAUACAAAGGAAGCCAUUAUGCCAGCUGAUAAGAAGAAAAAGUUCCUAGAUUCUGAAUUUGAGAAAGUGAUUGACUUUUAUAUCAGUGCAGAGAGUGACGUGUUCGUACCAGCAAUUUCAGGUCUGUUCUACGCGAACGUAGUUGGAAAGAGAAUAGGUUCUGGAAAAACACGCAUACUGGUUCCAGCUUCAUCUGCUUCAGCCUCCAAUUUUCUCUCUCCUUAUGUCUCCAACAAAAACCACUUUGCUUAUUCUUGUUACUGUUAGCAACAAAACCUGUGCAUUUAUUUGCUAUGCUUCAAGACAGUCACACGGUUCCGGUUAUGGCUUUUUGCGUUCACCAAAAGGGUUGAGCUAUUCUAUUCAAGUCACGGUCAAAUGUGUACAGAGCGUUUUCUGUUCAUCACAGUUUGUUUGUAAAAUUCUGGUUGCCUCAUUUUUAUCUAUCAUAAUUAGUGGUGGUGAUGGUGAAACUAAAGAUAAUGUAUUUUGUUUGAUAUCUUCAUGGUAUAGUGAUCUCGCAUGUAUUGAAUUUUUGGAGAAAAGGUAUAUCAUUCCAUUUCAGACCA